AUGUUGGUGCUGCAGCACUUAUUCUGCCUGGUGGAAUCUAGGUCAUUAACUGAGCCUUUGUGGGACACAUCAACUGUUUCAUAUCCGUAUCCAAACAACGGGAUGUUUGUGAGAGACAGAGAGAGUACACUAUUAAGCUUCUUGGUGCCUCUUUUCCAAAUAUUCCAACAUCUGAGGUUAGAUAGCCUAGUUGGGUUGUUUGGAGCAGGAUGUCAACCAAGUUCAACUAAUGACCCUUUUGGCCUACCAAGAAUCUCAUAUGGUCUUGUCCAAGUGUUGGUAGAAAAAGAUAGAAACUUGGACUUACAACAUGCUUUGGAAGUUGAUGCUUCUGUGAAAUCUUUGAAAAUAGAUGUUGUAACAAUAUGCGAGGUUGUGGGAAAGGUCUUGCCAGAGCUAAAUGGAAAGCUUACUGGAAUGGAUUUUAGGGUUCAUGGUUUGAUGGGUUUAACCAACCAAAGAUUCUUACGUUAUGUUCCACAAUUGCCCCUGAUACAGGCACGAUGCUCUCAACUAGUCGGCCAUCAAAUCUUCUGA